AUGAGGUCAGCCUGUCACAAUCAGCUCAGAGAGGAGGGAUGUCGCUUCUGUUAUUUGUUCUUCCCAGUGAAACCCAGUUUCCCAAAGCACGUGAGCUUUUCGUGGCAUCAGGACGCGGUGACGGUGAUGUGUUCUGACCUGUCCUAUGGGGAUCUCCUCUAUGAGGUUCAGUAUCGGAGCCCCUUCGACAUGGAGUGGCAGUCCAAACAGGAAAAUACCUGCAAUGUCACCAUAGAAAGCUUGGAUGCCAAGAAGUGUUACUCCUUCCAGGUCAGGGUGAAGGCUAUGGGGGAUGCAUAUGGGCCAGACACAUACCCAAGCGACUGGUCAGAGAUGACGUGCUGGCAGAGAGGCGAGAUUCGGGAUUCCUGCGCAGAGACACCAACGCCUCCCAAACCAAAGCUGUCCAAAUUUAUUUUAAUUUCCAGCCUGGCCAUCCUUCUGAUGGUGUCUCUCCUCCUUCUGUCUUUAUGGAAAUUAUGGAGAGUGAAGAAGUUUCUCAUGCCCAGCGUGCCAGACCCGAAAUCCAUCUUCCCCGGGCUCUUUGAGAUACACCAAGGGAACUUCCAGGAAAAUGGAAACGCAGCUGCGCCGUGGGCCCGGCCAGCGAGAGCUGGGGCUCCCUCCCUCUGUUUCCCAGCGGCUGCCGGGUGCAGGAGGCGCCUCCGGAAACUGACUUGGGUUAGGGGAGUUCAGAGGUUGCCCCAGCAGGCGCGGGACGCCGCCAGGGCGAAGGCUCGCCUUUGUGCGGGUUGGCUGUUUCCCGAGAGCCAUCAGGGUGGGAGGGGACGCCCAGGUCUGCGGCAAGGGCAGGCGUCUGGCCCCCACACCGUGUGCGGGGACGCUAGACUGGGCGGCCUGUGUCACUCUCGGCCUUGGCAACUUCUGGCCAAUCCGCCCUGCCCCUCUGGGUCCCGGCGGGCCCGCUGCGCCUCAGGCUCAAAGGGUUAA